UUUUUUUUUUUUUUUUAUGUCGUUUUCAAUCUUCAACAACCUUCGUUUCUAUAAAUGUGAAGAAGCCGCUUUAACUCCUUCAAUGUCUGCCAUGGAAGCAGAAGAGACAGAGGAAGGAGGAUCGCCUCAAUUCUUGAAGAAACUAUCUUCUAAUCCAACUAUGCUAGAAGAUGAAGGUUUGGAUCUCUGUCCUAGCUUCAACAGUUACUCUGUCAACGGACUUGCAGAAACCGCUGCGAGAGUUGCCAUGGAUUUCGAAGGAAUGGUCGGCGAUGGCGAUGGCGGUGAGGACGAUGAUUUUGAGUUCGUUUCGUUUCAGAAGGCUGAGGAAAAAAUGAUUUUCGAUUGUCCGAUUAGUCCUGUUUUUCCUAUUUUCAAUCACCAUCUGUUGGAGAUGAGCGAUGGAACAGAGGCUAAUGAGUUGAACCAUGGAAAUGCUCCAAUUGUGAAGUUUUCUCUACAGAAGCUUAUGAGCGAUGAUAGAGAGCAUGAGCGUGAACUCGAUCGUGAUCUUGCGUGUUCAUCUUCGACGUCUGAGGCCGACGAAUUGGACAUGAUUCCACCGGGAACGUACUGCGUUUGGACGCCUAGGUCAAUGGAAGCGGCGGAGCGAGGAAAAUGCCAGAAGAGCAACUCCACUAGAUCAGGAUCAGGAUCAGGAUCCUCGUCUUCAAGACGGUGGUGGCUUCAAAAUUUGCUUCGACGAAGCAACAGCGAAGGAGGAAAGAAUCGACUGGUCUUCUUAACACCGUCGGCGAAACCGGAAUCGACGACGAAGAAAGAAGAGAAAACAGUAAAAUUAGGCGAAGAUGCACAUCGAAAGAAGAGCUGUCCAGAGGCCAACACGAUCGGCGGAAAAUCGAAGGUCAAAAGAGGCGUGGUCGAGAAGACAUCAUCGGCGCACGAAUUGUUUUACGUUCGAAACAGAAUGUUGAAGGAAGGAGAUAAGAGACGAUCGUACCUUCCGUACCGGCAAGACCUCGUCGGAUUCUGGGCAAAUGUCCAUAGCGUGAGCAAAGCGUUACCUCCAUUCUAAGCCUCUCAACAGGUUCUGCUAAUAAUGGAUGGUUUAGAUUAAUUAUUUAGUUAAUUUUCAUAAUCCAUAUGAUUAAGAUUUAUCAUCCAUGAGUUUUGAUCUUUAAACGCAUGCACGAUUGAAUCGUUUCACUGUAUGUAUAAUAUAUCUAUAUAGUUCACGUUUGUUCUAUAA